CUGCAGGACGUGGAGCAGCAGCUCUGAUCCAGUCUGCGGCUUCUGUUCCCAGAGCUGCGCCCAUUAACCAGCGGUGCUCCAUUUGCUGUCCCGCAGAACAGUGAGUGUUGUCCUCCUGCUGUAGAGCCACAGGACACGUUCUGUCUGGAGAGAGGAGGCCUGGGACAGACGGGACACACGGGCUGGUUUUUCUCUGGAUACCUGACGCCUUCCAGGGUUUGUUCCACCAAAAACAAUGAGGGCAAGGCACUGAGGCUGUGACUGGAGCCAAUUAGGCUAGUUAGCUAGCUGCACUGCUGCUCACUGGGAAGUUCCACAGUAAACCUCUCGGCUGACGCCGGCGUGUGCUUGUGGAGCUUGUUUCUUCCACUAGCAGCGGGAUAAAAAGGGGAUUUGUCCCUGUUGGUCACAACCAAACCACCUGCCUGGUGAAUUGGACCUCCAUCUCUGUAGGAAAUAGAGCCACGCUAGACGGAAACGCAGUGUUUGAUUUUUCACCAUGUUUAAUCUAAUGAAAAAGGAUAAGGAGAGGGAAGGGAGUAGGAAGGAGAAGAAAGAUAAAAAGGAGAGGAUGUCUCCAGCAGAGCUGCGCAGCCUGGAAGAGAUGAGCAUGAGGCGGGGUUUCUUCAACCUGAAGAGAGAGGCUAAGCGUGAGUCCAAGAACAAACUGGAGAUCUCCAACCCCAUUCCCAUCAAAGUGGCCAGCAGCCAUGAGCUCACCCUCACUGACAUUGAAUCGGACGGCCUGAGUAACCGAAGCAGCAUGGUUCUGGAUGACCAGCUCAGCGCGGCCAGCUCCACUGAUGACUUGAAGGGUGAGGGUGGAGGACAGGACGGACACCGCGGCUCAGUACACGAGCGUGUCGCACACUUCGGUUCACUUGCCAGGCAGAACUCCUCGCAGGUGGGUCAAAUGAUGAAGCGCUUCUCCUUUUCCCAGAGGAGCAAAGAGGAGAGCCCUUCAGAGAGCUCCACCCCUUCGGGUCAGAACUCUGCUGCCCCAUCUCCGCAUGUGGAGAGCAAAGUUUUCAGCAUGCUCCGAAAGCACAGCCUCAAGCAGCAGCCUGAAGCACCAGUCACUAAAAAAGUGAGCAUCCCUGAGGUGGUCGACAAGACGUUCCCUGCACAGCUGCAGCUGCCGGCUGUGGUCGCACCCAGUGCGCCAGAAACACGUGAGCUGGAGCUCCAACGCCGCAACACGGGCGACUUUGGAUUUUCUCUGCGUCGCACUACUAUGCUGGACCGCAGCCUUGAUGGAGGAGUGUACAGGCGUGUUGUCCAUUUUGCUGAGCCUGGUGCCGGCACUAAGGAUCUGGCUCUUGGCUUGGUGCCUGGGGACAGGCUGGUGGAGAUAAAUGGAAAGAACGUGGAGAGCAAGAGCCGGGACGAGAUAGUGGAGAUGAUCCGUCAGUCCGGGGACACGGUGAGGCUGAAGGUGCAGCCAAUCCUGGAGCUGAGUGAGCUGAGCCGCUGCUGGUUGAGGAACACCGAGGGGCUUCGCAGGGAGGCCAGACAUGUGAAGACAGAGGAGCAGAUCUUAGCAGAGCAGGCCUGGUAUGGAUCAGAGAAGGUCUGGCUUGUCCACAAAGAUGGCUUCACCCUGGCCACUGUGGUUAAGACAGAGGAUGGUUCCCUGCCAGAGGGCAAGGUGAAAAUCAAACUGGAGCACGAUGGGACACUACUGGAUGUGGACGAAGACGACAUUGAAAAGGCCAACCCUCCAUCAUAUGACCGAUCAGAGGACCUGGCUUCACUGCUCUAUCUGAAUGAAUCCAGUGUGAUGCACUGUCUGAGGCAGCGCUAUGGAGGAAAUCUGAUUCACACCUACGCCGGAACCAACAUGGUGGUCAUCAACCCCCUCAGCACACCCUCCAUGUACUCUGAGAAGGUGAUGCACAUGUUCAAAGGCAGCCGGCGCGAUGACUCGGCUCCUCACAUCUACUCUGUGGCUCAGUCAGCCUACCGCAACCUGCUCACUACUCGGCAGGAUCAGUCAAUCGUGCUGCUGGGCAAAUCUGGCAGUGGCAAGACCACCAACUGUCAGCACCUGCUGCAGUAUCUGGUCUCCAUCGCUGGCAGCACGGGCAAAAUCUUCUCUGCUGAGAAGUGGCAGGCAGUCUACACCAUCCUGGAGGCUUUUGGCAACAGCUCCACGUCUAUGAACACUAAUGCCAGCCACUUCUCCCAUGUCGUGUCCCUCGACUUCGACCAGGCUGGGCAGGUGGCCUCUGCCUCUAUCCAGACGAUGCUGCUGGAGAAACUGAGGGUGAGCAGACGACCUGAGGGAGAGUCCACCUUCAACAUCUUUUACUACAUGUUGGCCGGAGCUGACAGCAGCCUGAGAACGGAGCUGCACUUUAACCAUCUGGCUGAGAACAGUGUUUUUGGGAUCAUACCACAGUCUAAGCCUGACGACAAGCAGCGAGCCUCGCAGCAGUUCACCAAGCUGCAGGCGGCCAUGAAAGUACUGGGCAUCUCUGGUGAUGAGCAGAAAGCCCUUUGGCUCAUCCUAGGGGCCAUUUACCACUUGGGAGCUGCUGGAGCCACUAAAGCGGGACGCAGGCAGUUUGCCCGUCAUGAAUGGGCCCAGAAAGCGGCCUACCUGUUGGGCUGCACUUUGGAGGAGCUCUCCUCUUCGAUCUUUAAGCACCAGGCCAAAGGGCUGCAGCAUUCCACGUCAUUCAGAGGAGCACCGGACGAGGGCGGCCAAGGCGACAGCUCAGGCUCUAAGGUUACAGCUCUGGAGUGUUUGGAGGCCAUGGCGUCAGGACUCUACUCUGAGCUCUUCACUCUUGUCAUCUCCCUCAUAAACAGAGCUCUGAAGUCCAGCCAGCACUCUCUGUGCUCGCUGCUGAUCGUGGACACUCCGGGUUUCCAGAAUCCGCGUCUGGCUCAACAGCAGCGAGGCGCCACAUUCGAGGAGCUCUGUCAUAACUACACCCAGGAGAGGCUGCAGACCCUGUUCCACGAACGCACCUUCGUCCAGGAGCUAGAGAGAUACAAGGAGGAAAACAUAGAACUUGCUUUAGAUGACAUAGAGUGCAGUACCUCACGGUCUGUAGCAGCUAUUGACCAAGCCUCAUCCCAAGCUCUGGUUCGCACCUUGGCCAGGAAGGACGAGGCUCGGGGACUUCUGUGGCUGAUGGAGGAGGAGGCUGUUCAGCCUGGAGGUUCAGAGGAAACGAUGCUGGAGAGACUGUUCAGCUACUACGGCUCUGCACAGGGAGAAAACAAAGGAGCUAGUCUGCUGCUGCGAGGAGAGAAGCCCCACCUCUUUCUGCUUGGUCAUAGCCACGGGACGAACUGGGUGGAGUACAAUGCUCAGGGUUGGUUGAGCCAUGCCAAGCACAACCCUGCUGCCCAAAACGCUGCCACACUGCUACAGGACUCCCAGAAGAAGAAUAUCAGUGGGCUGUUUAUGGGCCGGGCCAGCGGGGCCACCGUGUUGUCGGGCUCCAUCGCUGGUCUGGAAGGCAGCUCUCAGCUCGCCCUGCGACGGGCCACCAGCAUGAGGAAAACCUUCACCACAGGUGUGGCUGCUGUCAAGAAGAAGAGCCUGUGUAUCCAGGUCAAACUCCAAGUGGACGCUCUGAUUGACAUGGUUCGUCGCUCCAGGGUUCACUUUGUCCACUGCCUGCUGCCCAAAGCAGAGGCAGUGGGAGGAGGAGGUGAGCCUCGUGUGACACACGGUGAGAGCCCUGACUCGGGCCUUAUGACUCUGGACGUCGGCCUCCUGAGAGCUCAACUCCGAGGGUCAAAGCUGCUGGAUGCACUGCGCAUCUAUAGGCAAGGGUACCCAGACCACAUGGUGUUCUCUGAGUUCCGCAGGCGCUUUGAUGUCCUGGCACCCCAUCUGACCAAGAGGCACGGCCGCAACUACAUUGUCACAGAUGAGAAGAGGGCGGUGCAGGAGUUGCUGGAGUCCUUGGAGCUUGAGAAGAGCAGCUACCACAUGGGGCUGAGCAGGGUCUUCUUCAGAGCAGGGAUUCUAUCCAAGCUGGAGGAGCAGCGGGACGUUAAGACCAGGAGGAACAUCUCUCUGUUCCAGGCUGCCUGCAGGGGAUACUUGGCCAGACAGGCCUUCAAGAAGAGGAAGAUUCAGUAUUUGGCCAUCCGCUGCAUCCAGAAGAACAUAAAGAAGAAUCGUGGUGUGAAAUUUUGGCCUUGGUGGAAGCUCUUCACCACCGUCAGACCUCUGAUAGAGGUGCAGCUCACUGAGGAACAGAUCCGCGGGAAGGACGAAGAGAUCCAGCAGCUGAAGCAGAAGCUGGAGAAGGUGGAGAAAGAGAGGAAUGAGCUGAGACUCAACAGUGACCGCCUUGAGAGCCGGAUCUCAGAGCUGUCGUCAGAGCUGGCUGAUGAGCGGAACACCGGGGAGUCUGCCUCCCAGCUGCUGGAGACUGAAACUUCUGAGAGACUGCGUCUGGAGAGGGACACGAAGGACCUGCAGACCAAGUUUGACGGCAUGACGAAACAGAUGGAGUCGAUGGAGAUGGAGGUGAUGGAGGCUCGUCUCAUCAGGGCUUCUGAGCUCAACGGAGAGAUGGACGAUGACGACACAGGAGGAGAAUGGAGGUUGAAGUAUGAGCGAGCCAUCAGAGAGAUUGAGUUCACCAAGAAGCGACUGCAGCAGGAGUUUGAAGACAAGCUGGAGGUGGAGCAGCAGAACAAGCGGCAGCUGGAGAGGAGGAUCAGCGACCUGCAGGCCGACAACGAGGAGUCCCAGCGAAACGUCCAGCAGCUGAAGAAAAAGACCCAGCGACUGACGGCUGAACUGCAGGACACCAAACUGCACCUGGAGGGCCAGCAGAGCCGCAACCACGACCUGGAGAAGAAGCAGAGAAAGUUCGACAGCGAGCUGAGUGGUGCCCAGGAGGAGGUGCAGAGGGAGAAGACCCUGAGGGAGAAACUGGCCCGAGAAAAGGACUUGCUGGCAGGAGAGGCGUUCAGCCUCCGACAGCAACUGGAGGACAAGGACCUGGAGGUGUGUGCAGUCAACCUGAAACUUGACCAGCUGGAGGCCGAGCUACAGGACCUCAAUUCCCAGGAGUCCAAAGAUGAAGCAUCACUGUCCAAGGUAAAGAAGCAGCUUCGUGACUUGGAGGCCAAGGUGAAGGACCAGGAGGAGGAGCUAGAUGAGCAGGCCGGCUCCAUCCAGAUGUUAGAACAGGCCAAGCUGCGUCUGGAGAUGGAGAUGGAGCGCUUGCGCCAAACCCAUUCCAAGGAGAUCGAGAGCAAAGACGAUGAGGUGGAGGAGAUCAGACAGUCAUGCAACAAGAAGCUGAAGCAAAUGGAGGUUCAGCUUGAGGAAGAGUACGAUGAGAAGCAAAAGGUGCUGAAAGAGAAGAGAGAGCUGGAGUCAAAGCUUCUAUCCGCAAAGGACAAGGUGAGAAGUGGAGACAUAGAGACUGAGAAGCGUUUGAGGAAGGACCUGAAAAGAACCAAGGCUCUUCUGGCUGAUGCCCAGAUCAUGUUGGACCACAUAAAGAACAAUGCACCAAGCAAGAGGGAGAUCGCCCAGCUCAAGAAUCAGCUGGAGGAGUCUGAGUUCACCUGUGCGUCCGCAGUUAAAGCUCGUAAGUCCAUGGAGGUGGAGAUUGAAGACCUACACGUCCAGAUGGAGGACAUCUCCAAAAUGAAGCAGGCGCUUGAGGAGCAGAUGAGUCGUGUUCAGAGGGAGAAGAACGACGUACAGUCCAGAAUGGAGGAGGACCAGGAGGACCUGAACGAGCUGAUGAAGAAACACAAGGCUGCUGUGUCACAGUCAGCCCAGAACCUGGCUCAGAUCAGUGAUCUACAGGCCCAGUUGGAAGAGGCCCUCAAGGAGAAGCAGGAGGUUCAGGAGAAGAUGCAAGCUCUGCAAAGCCAGCUGGAGUUCCAGGAGCAGUCAAUGGUGGAGAAAUCCCUCGUCAGCCGGCAGGAGGCCAAGAUCCGUGAGCUUGAGACCAAGCUGGAGUUUGAGAAGACCCAGGUCAAACGCCUGGAGAGCCUCGUGACUCGUCUCAAGGAGAACAUGGAGAAGCUGAUGGAGGAACGAGAUCAACGCAGCAGCAGCGAGAAUCGAGAGAAGGAACAGAACAAACGUAUGCAGAGACAGAUCCGCGACACCAAAGAGGAGAUGGCCGAACUGGCCAAAAAGGAAGCCGAGGCUAGCCGCAAGAAACAUGAGCUGGAAAUGGACAUUGAGAGCCUAGAAGCUGCUAAUCAGAGCCUACAGGCAGACCUCAAGUUGGCCUUCAAAAGAAUUGGUGACCUCCAGGCUGCCAUCGAGGAUGAGAUGGAGAGUGAAGACAAUGAAGACCUCAUUAACAGUUUGCAAGACAUGGUGACAAAGUAUCAGAAACGGAAGAACAAAACUCCAGGGGAUUCAGACACCGACUCCGAGGUGGAGGAUCGUGUGGAUGGGGUGAAGUCCUGGUUGUCCAAAAGCAAAGGUUCUGCCAAGAACCUCUCAGAUGAUGGCAGUCUCAAGAGCUCCAGCCCCCCCGGUCGAAGACGCUACUACUUCAGUAGAUCUGAUGAAGAGGAGGAAGAAGAAGAAAAAGACGAGGGCGGGGCAGCCCAGGGCUCCAACCACUCCCGAUCCAGAUAUGGCAGCCAAAUAAAAGACGAUGACAGCGAGGACAGGCCUUAUGAGACCACAUCGUAGUCCUCACUGUCAUCACCCACCGUAGAAACCGCUCCCUCAUUCCACUGUCACAGUUUGUCUUGCAUGCGCAGUCGACCACAGUGUUGAUCAGAUGGUCACAACCACAUAACCUUAACACUCACAACCUUGCAAGAGAGCACGGACGCUGAACCGCUGAUGAUGUUCAUGACCCUCGGUCAGCAGAGGCAAAUCCUCUCAGGGUUUGGUCCGAGCCUGACGAACCUCCCAGUCCUUCUGACUCCUCACUCAUCGGUAUAACCUCACUGCACACACUGCAGCUCUGGUAUUAGCGACUCCACUCUGCUGGCUGCAUGCAAGCAGCAGUUGCUUGGUUUGAGCAGCCAGUCACGGUUGUUACUGACCCAUAGAACUUGAGGUUGCAUUGAUAAUAGCUUCUUUCUCUCCCUCUCUUUGUCUAUGUCACUCUUCCUCUCUUCUUUAAAUAUAGUACACUACAACAAUAUAAAUUGCCACUGUACAAUGUAUUGCCAAAAAGCCUUUGUUCCAAGUAUGUGUGCACAUUGUUUUUUUUGUAUUUCCACUUGAUGCCGAAGUCUGGGAAAAGUUCCAGCUUUUUUCUUCUUCUUCUUCUUCUUUCCUUUUUGGGAUAAGUGCCAUUUGACUUAAGUGGGCUCCUCUACAGCUGGCUUCUCUGCAGCUGUGCGUUUCAUGAGCUGCCGCACUGUACACUGAAGAUGCUCUCAUUAUCAUCUGCUUGUUUUUGGUUUGCCUGAAAAGUUGUCUGCCUUUUGCUGGCAAAUUACCUCUUCCUCACAGGGGAAGAGGAUUGCAUCACUUACCGCUCCGUCACAGAAGCGCCGCAGAGAUUCGUUUCCCUCCUGUUGAAUCUUUAGAAAUUGAUGUUUUGACAGAUUUGUUUUGCAGAGGACCGCUGUCAAGCAAAUCAUUUCCACGGGUUUUGAGCUUACCUCUGUGAAAUGCCUCGUCUCGUUUUAUUGUGACUUGAUUUGACUACACACUCGCCAGAAUUAGUGGAAGAGACUUUGUCCUUGUGCUUGUCGUUCACAUGCUGUCUGUGUUUUAAGUUUGAUGUGCUUUACUUCUCCAAAGGGAAUUUAUUUAACCUUGGGCACUAAUCACUUGUCGUUUUAAUACAAAAACCCCUGAGCGUAUGGAAUCCUCAGCCAGCAUGAAAAAAGAACAAGCUGCGUUAUUCUCUCAUUUUAUUAUUCUUAACAAAUCACAUGGAAAGACUAUAACCAGUCAUGUGUUUUCUCAACCUUCGGGAAUACUAUGUGUAAGAAAAUAUCCUUUUUUUCCCCUUAGCUUUCAACCACAUUUCUCAGCAUUCUGCUUUGGAAGGCCUCACAGUCCCACCUAACACAAAAUUUACUGGCCACUAUAGUUUUUUUUUUGUAGGGGGGGGUACUGGGAACUUGCUAGUGCUGUACAGCGACUGUAUAUAAAGAUUGACAACAUGACAGCUACUCAGAAGUGAAGCCCCCUGCUGGUUGCAGCACAGAUAAUAAACCAUCAUUUUCUAACAGGUUUGGGUUUUAAUUUGUUAUUGUAUGUUAUGAAAACACGAGUAGACAUCAUGAUUGACAAGUGAGAUUGUUUUGUGAUAGGUUGGGGGGGUGCAUCAGUGGGACUUUGUUACCAUGGCUUACUGAUGUUGUCACCGGCGCAACAUGGCAUCGCCCUUAUCCGAGAUAAUAUACCUUCAUUUUCAUACAGUGGGAGGAAGUGAACACGUGUCAUAUUCACAUACAGUCAUUGGUCAAUAAUAACAGCUCAGCCAGCCGGGUUAUGAGUGGAUAUGAAUUGGUUGGUCAAACUUUAUAUCUGUACACUUAACUGCAGUGUAUGCUGCUGGAUGCAACACAGCUAAUAGGACAAAGAUCCCUACAAAUUAAAGAUGCUUACCUCUCCUUGAUUAAACUGUGUUGUUAAACCACACGUUACUUCUUAGGCAGAUUGUUGUCACAUUCAGUCUGAACAUUCCCCUGUUAACAGGUAGGGUGACGGUCAUGUAAAUCUUGUCCUGCUCCUAAUACAAUGACAAUAUAGAACAUUUCAUUUUAAUUUCCAACUAAUUUUGAAUAAUGGACAGAUCAGCCUGGCCAAUGUCCCUGAAAACCUCUCUGCAUGAUUUGCCGUUGGUGAGAUUGGUACAAAUUUAAAUCAUGGAAUCAGAUGGACCGAUUGAAAUAAAUGUCUUUUCAUGGGUUUUGAUGAUAAUAAGAAAAAACGUGGAUAUCACCAGCCUCCUUUAAAGCCUCGUCGGGUUCUUUAACGGUCACUUCAUCAACUGGACAGAACUGCAGCCCGUAUAACAAAUACUGUGAAAACACUGUCAGCAUCUUUGAGGCCUGUUUCCUGUAAAAAAAAAAAAGAAAAAAAGACCAGUGAUGCCACUCAAAAAAAGAUCCUGCAUUUUCACAUUAGCUUAAGGCUUACGGCCAUUACUCUUUGGUCAGCUGUUGGGGAUCUACUCAGUAGCAUUACGAUUUUAACUGAUAACCAUUUCCAGUCCAGAAGAGCGUGACUUGGCAUUUGGGGGCUGGAGAAACAAAAAAGUGGAAGUUCUUCAUUGUGGGAGAAAUUGGUUCGUCAUCUUUAUUCUCUAUGCAGUCAACAAGUGUGCAAAUGUGUUUUUUUGGAUUGACCCUGAUAGUGUCUGGCUUGAACAGGAAAUAGAACUCGAGAGCAGACAUGAUGUUGAUGGCUGCACACAGUAUUUAUAUAUAAAUAUGUGUAUGAUUCAUGCUAGCUUCGAAAAUACUUCAUUUUUAUUUUCAUUAUUGAACAAAUUGACCACUUGGUAUAAAUUUUGCAUUACAGUUUAAUAUAUUGUAAAUAAAUGAUGGUGAUUGUUUUAGAGUGGA